AUGGACGCUGUAGAGGCGACAACCAAGCCCUCACAGCAGAACGUCAUCCGGAACGGUAAAUGGCUCCCCGCUGAAGAUGCACGUCUUCGCGAGGCAGUCGCUGCGCACGGUACUCGAUGGAUCAUCGUGGCAUCGGUGGUUGGAACUCGCAACGGUGACCAGUGUGCAAAACGGUGGAAUGAGAAUUUGAAUCCAGAGCUGGAUCACAGUCCAUGGACACCAGAGGAGGAUGCUUGCCUCCUCGACCUUGUUGAAGUCUACGGCCACAACUGGAAAUUCAUGGCCAACUAUUUCCUCGAGGCACGUGCACCAUCAGCGCUGAAGAACCGAUACUCACUGCUGAUGCGACGCCUCAAACGCCAGGGGAACGGGCAAGAUCAAGCAGUAAACGCUGGACGUGGCCGUGGGUCCCGAUCCACUGCUCGCCCGCGCGUGUUCAGCAGGAGCCCAUCGCCAUUUCCCAUGAGUCCGGUCGAUCCGACCAACGUUUUGGUGGGUGGGGAUCCUCCGCACAGCCAUCCCCUGGAUCUGAUGCCCACCAGUGCCGCUGUGGGUACCUUCCCGCCCCUCACUUUCGGUGCCACUGAUGCCAUGGGAAACGUGGGCCUGCAAGGGCCGGUGGACACAGUGUCCGAAACAGCCAUUGCCACGUUGGGCGACACGGACCUCGUCUGGCGGCAACCUCCGUGGUUGGGGGAUGGGAUGGAGCUCGACGGCGGGAUUUUGAGUACGGGGACGGAAGGGGAGCCGAACAGUUUGAUUGCGAUGUUGGUGUCGGAUGACUUCGCUGAUGGCCAGGACGCGAAGAGUACCGCUUGCAAGGGGAAUCUGCACUACGCGACAUCCUCGGUCAGUGAGGACAGCAGUGGUGUGUCGGUGGCUGCGUCGGUCGAGUACUCGGUUACUUGCCAGCGAGGGAGAGCUAGGUCGCUGGUGAAUCAACUGGUCGAUGCGGCCAUGUCGGAGUGUUUGGACAGGACGUCGGAAGAGGACAAGGUGACGCUGACAUUGCAGGUAAAGGUGUGA